GUCAAAAACUGAAAUUGUCCUCAAUGUGGAUGUAAUAUUUGCUAUUGGAAAUAAAGAAAUAAUCAAUAAAUCAAUCGAAGACUGUCAAAUCUGUCAUUGACUCCUUUUACAUCAUGGCAUUGAAACAAUCUCCAUUGAAUAAGGAGGUAAAAAUCCCUUCUCUGUGUCAAAUGUGCGAUGAAUCUUCAAACAUAAAAUGGAUGUGUAUCGAAUGUGAUUUAUCUUUUUGUGCAGAAUGUGAAUUGAAAUUUCAUAAAAAGAGCAAGACCUUAGCAGGACAUAACAAAAUUGAUAUUGAACAAUGUGGGAAGGAGAACAUUGCUAAAGCGAUUCAUAAAGCAGGACUUAAGAAUAUGAACUGUAAAUUACAUUCCGAUCUCAUUUGUGUUCUGUUUUGUCAAAAUUGUCAGCAACCAGUAUGCACAAACUGUGUAUUAACAAAUUCACAUGAAGAACAUAAGCUUUUUUCAAUUAGUGAUGUUUAUGAUGAAAAACUAUAUGAAAUGGAAGAUUUUCAUAAAAGGGUCCAAAAAGAUAUUCUUUUUUGUUCACAGGUCCAAAGUGAACUAAAACAGAUUCUUGACGGUGGAAUGAAACGAUACAGUGAACAAAAGGACAUAUUGUUAUCAAAAGAAACGGAUUUAAUUACAGAAUCUCAAAAAAAUACAAAAGCUCUUUUAGAUGAAGUUGAUUCUGAAUGGAAGACCUUAGAAGGAUCAUUAACACAAGAGAUAAAUGUAAUGAAAACCAUAAAGGAUCAAAUUGAAAAAGAAAGAGAAACUUUCAGCAAUGUUUCAUCUCCUACUGAAAUGUUAACCAGACUUUAUCCUUCCUCUGAAAAUAAGCAUUCACCAAAGAAAUCAAUUCACCAAAUGAUUCUAAAACAAAUUUCUUAUAAUCCAAAAUAUGAAAUAACACAAAAUGACAUCCAACAGAUAUUAAAACAUUUCCUUCAGAAAGAAAAAGGUCUAGCAUUUCAAAUGAAAAAAUCUUAUCCAACAAAACUAAAAGAUGUAUCCAAAGUUUUGUUACUGGACAAUAAUCAGGCUUUAAUUGCGAGUGAAAAAGAUAAAAUUGUUCAGAAAAUUAAUUUUGACAAUAAGGAUAUAAAAGUUUUGAAAACAUUAUCUGAAACAAGAGCAUAUGACAUGGCCAAGGUGCAAAAUGGUGAUAUUAUCAUCUCUGUCCAAGAAAGCCAAUUAAAAUUGUUUAGCGAAAAGGACACCAUAGAACCAUUUCAUUCAUUUUCCCCACUGAAAACAUUUGGUAUCCAUGUAAACAAAGAUAAUGAAAUUCUUGUUGGGAUAAGUACUGGAUUGCCAGACAGAGAAGAGGAAAUCUCAAAACCAGGAAAAAUUGUGGUUCUGAAUUCUGAAGGAAGUGUUAAAAGGACAUAUGAAUAUGACAAGAAAUCCCAUUCAAAAGAAUUCUGUUUAUGCACAUGUCCUACAAGAAUAGUAACAAAUCCAGACAAGUCAAUCAGUUUUAUUGACAUACUUACAAAAAAUAAACAUGGAACAUAUGAUGGCAGAAUUGUGAAUAUAGAUCAAGAAGGGAAACUUAUGUGGACAUAUGAAGAGAAAUAUGGUUUUCGUCCUACAGAAAUAGCAAUGAUGAAUACUGCAGGUUGUCUUUUAGUUGUGUCAGCUGGACGUGCUUUCCAUAUUCUAUCCCAAAAUGGUAGUGUUAUUACAAAGUCAAAUAAUUUUAACAUUAAAGACAUUACAGAAAUAAGCUUAGCUGUUGACAAAGAAAUGAAGUUAUAUGUAGGAGAAAAGAACCAUCGUAACACAUAUCGGCCAUAUGUUAAAAUUCACAUUCUUGAGUUCACAUAAUGCAUAUGAUUUUGAAAUUUAAAAAAAUGGGCAGUUUUCUUUUCUUUUCUUAAUUUUUCAAUGUUUUC